UGGGUCCUGCAGGCUUUCGCUGGUGUUCGAGCUGUACGUGUUUCCGGUGCGACUCAAUGAAGGCUCGACGCCGACAACGCGUCAUUUACCCGCGACGAGCCUGCGAAGAGAUGGCUUCGAUGCAGAAGGGGAAGAAGGUGGUAAAUCAAGAGGAUUUACGGCGGUUUAUGAAGGAGAAGAAACUAUCGAGCGAGCGACAGAAACGCGUCGACUCGCCGCACGCCAAAUACAACAGUGUGGGUCAGCUGAGCUGCGCGCUGUGCAACGCGCCGGUGAGGAGCGCGCUGCUCUGGCAGACACACGUGCUGGGAAAACAGCACAAAGAUACAGUCAGCCAGCUGAAGAACAGAGACAGCACUGAAGCAUCUUCAUCAUCCUCCGCGCUGAAGAGGCCCGCGCCGGAGCCCGCGUCUACAUCCGGGAAACGCGCGAAGCUGCCGCUCACCGCAGGCGCAGGUGCCGCGGGAGGACAGCCGGAGGACACGGCCUCGUCUUCACGUCAGUCUGCGGGUCUGGGGCUCCUCGCUGGACUCUACGGUGAUGAUGAUGAUGAUGAUGAUGAAGAAGCUAAAGACGGAGUCCCGGCAGAUUUCUUCGACAGCAGCGUCUCCUCCGUCUCUCACUCCGGCUCAGUGUCCAAACCGGACGACGGCGAGGAGAGCGCCACGGAGAGGAAGGACCACGCGGCCGAAGCCUUACCCGAGGGCUUCUUCGACGACCCGGUGCGCGACGCUAAAGUGCGUCAGGUGGACACGCCGCGAGACCAGAUGGACAAGGAGUGGGAGGAGUUCCAGAAGGAGAUGCGGCAGGUGAACAGCGCGUCUGACGCCAUCGUCGCCGAGGAUGAUGAGGAGGGACGCCUGGAGCGGCAGAUCGAUGAGAUCAACGAGCAGAUCGAGUGCUUCCGGCGGGUGGAGGUGUUGCGCACCAGACAGGAGGUGAAGAGCGCGAUGGAGAGAGAGAGACAGCAGAGAGCCGAGGCGCAGCCAGACGCCGGCGAGGAGGAGGAGGAUGAAGAAGAGCUGAUGCAUGUGCUGACGCAGGACUGGAGGGCCAAAGGUGCUCUCGCUUAACACCUUCAGUGUUUCUCUGAUGUUUCCAGUUUUGUUUGCUACUGCUUCUGUACAGAGAUUUAUUAAAUCAGAAUGCAUUGUGAAGUUUUCAUAAAGCACAUGCGGUUUGUCUGUAGUUCUGCAGAUGCUUUGAUCUGCUGGUUUUUCUCCGUCUGAUUCCUCACUCUUUAUCUGUAAUCAUCAGAAUGGCCUACAGCUACUUCACAACACACCUGCGUUAUUAUCAGUUCAGAGCUGGACGAGGACAAUAUAAUACAAACAGUCAAUAUUUGUGGUGUGCAAUGAAUGAUGAUAAAACAAAAUGUAUGCGUAUAUUUUAUAUAUGCAAUUAUUUUUUUAUUCAGUUGACAGCCGUAAUAUACACACUUUGCAUUAAGAAUUAGGGAGUGUAAACGUUUGAACAGGAUGAAGAUGUGUGUAUUUUGUUAGAUAUUGUUUUCAUACAGUACUGCCCUUCAGAAGACAAAUAAUAUACUUGCAUAAUUCCCAGAAGACAAAAAAGAUCAAUGUCUGAUCAGCGUUAAGAAGAGAACGAUCGGCUCGUCUGAUGAUUGAGUUUAAAAGGAAUCCUGACAGGUCGCCAAUAAAGAUCUGAUAAUAAUGGGCUGUUAUGCUCAUAUUUCUUGGUUUUAGUAAUGCACUCGACUGCAUUCUGAACAGCCUCGCAGAAGCAGAUCAAACUUCUUGGCAACCCUAACAUCACUCGAUAUCUUUUGUGUUCCUUUGCAAUGCCUAAAUAAAGGACAAGAACAAACAGAAAUAUAUCUACACAAACUUAAAUAAAAUGAGCUUUUAUUCAUGUUACAUUAAAGAGAACAUGCAAAACACAUGUACAUGUUGUCUGAUCACACAUAUUCCUACUGCUUAAAAUUAGUUUCAUACAUAGAAAUGUCCAGUUCUACAAUCUGUACAGCUUUUAUCUGGUUUCAUGAAGCGACAGUAAAGUUUGAGACAUGAUUUCCAAACGUCUGCAGCCCAACACAAGCGGAGUGCAGAAACCAUUCACUCCACGCAGAAAUAGAUAUAUAUACACACACACAUUCAUGAUCUCCAUCCUCACGCUGUUCCUCUACAGAUCAGAAAUGCUUCGCACAAGCAAUUACCCUCGAACAUUACUUUAAAUUAAAAACUAAAUCUGAUAAAACAAGUGCACUGCAUUAUACUCUUUUAAAUAUCUGAUGAUUAUAUUUACUAAAAGCAGUUGUAUGGAUCAUAUUAUUGCUAGAUCUGACAGAGCUUCAUUUCCCUCAGUUUAUACAGACGUCAAAAUCAUUCUUGAGACAUAAAUAUUUAAAUAUGUAAGAGUGAAUCUCGUGAAAUCGGGUCACACUUCAAGAAUCAUGGGAGUAUUUGUCGAAGAAAAUGAAGCCUAACUGUAUUAAGUCUGUAAGAGGCAUUAAUAGAUGUGAAAUAAACACACGGAGCAUUUUCUCAUGAAUUUAAUGCAUCCAGAUUUUUGCUUCUGAUGGGUUUAUAAUAACUAUUUUUACAGGUGAAUCUCAUGACAGUAAUAUACCAGUUUACUGUAUUAUCAGAUUGAUUUAAAUCAGCAGUACAAGAAAAACGAGCAUGAUUUGUCAUUACAGGAAUGAGACUCAGGCUAAAACUGCAUUAAAACAACGUCAGAAAUUCACAACAUCUUAAUUUUCUUUUGGUAAGAUAUACGUCCUUUGAUUUUGUGCUGAUUUAUGGCCUGUUCCUGACAGGUGUGUGAGAUGAAGGCGUCUGAAUCAUUAAACAGGUGAACGCGGCUGUGAUUAUCUGAUAAUCCGGCGGGUUAUGGGUUUCGUUAAGGGUUUUCAAACUACUUGAUCAAACUCCGCUGAG